AGAAAUCAUUGGAUCAUACAUUCAUACCACUCUCUCCCUUUCUCUCCACCAACCACACCACUAUAUAAAAAGUACAGCAGGCCGCACCACCCCAAACCCAAAAUGGCCCUCCCCCUCAUCCUCCUCGCCGCCGCCGCCCUCCUCCUUGCCUACAAGCUCUUCAGCCGCCUCCGCUACAAGCUGCCGCCGGGACCCCGCCCGCUCCCGAUCGUAGGCAACCUGUACGACAUAAAGCCGGUGCUGGUGCGGUGCUUCACGGAGUGGUCGGAGAAGUACGGCCCCAUCUUCUCCGUGUACCUCGGGUCCCACCACAGCGUCGUCGUGAACUCGGCCGCCCUGGCCAAGGAGGUGCUCAAGGACAACGACGUCCAGCUCGCCUACCGCAACCGCACGAGGCAGAUCAACAAGUUCAGCAAGAACGGCAUGGAUUUGAUCUGGGCCGACUACGGCCCACACUAUGUUAAAGUCCGGAAGCUCUGCACCCUCGAGCUCUUCUCCAUCAAGCGCCUCGAGGGCCUCCGCCCCAUUCGAGAAGACGAGGUCACCGCCAUGGUUGAAUCCAUUUUCAACCACUCUUCCAAGCCUGAAAACAAGGGGAAGGCUGUGGUGCUGCGUGACUACUUGGGAAUGAUGGCCUUCCUGCACAUAACAAGGCUAACUUUUGGGAAACGGUUCAUAGACUCUGAUGGUGUGAUUGAUGAGCAAGGCCAAGAACUGAAGUACAUUCUCAACAACGCAAUCACGUUGGGCACCAAGAAGUCGGCUUUCGCGGAGUUCCUCCCUUGGUUCAGCUUCUUGUUCAAGGAGCAGAACGAGGCCCUCGCGGCCCACGACGCCCGCGCCAGUAGCUUCACCAAGAGGAUCAUGGAGGAGCACACGCUCGCCCGCCAGAAGACCGGCAACACCAAGAACCAUUUCGUCGAUGCUCUGCUCACGCUUCAGGAGGAGUACGAGCUCAGCGACGACACCGUCACCGGCCUCCUCUGGGAUAUGAUCUCCGCGGGGAUGGACACGGCCACGAUCACCGCAGAGUGGGCGGUGGCCGAGCUGGUCCGGAACCCGAGGGUGCAGAGGAAGGUGCAGGAGGAGCUCGACCGCGUGGUUGGCCGGGACCGUGUCAUGACAGAGGCGGACAUCGCCAACUUGCCGUACUUGCAGUGUGUGACCAAGGAGUGCUAUCGGAUGCACCCUCCGACGCCGCUGAUGCUCCCCCACAAGGCCAGCACGGACGUCAAGAUAGGCGGGUACGACGUGCCCAAGGGCACGACCGUGAGCGUGAACGUUUGGGCCAUUUCUCGGGAUCCGGGCGUGUGGAAGGACCCUCUGGAGUUCAGGCCGGAGCGGUUCCAGGAGGAGGACGUCGACAUGAAGGGCACGGACUACCGACUACUGCCGUUCGGCUCCGGGAGGCGGAUCUGCCCCGGAGCACAACUUGCGAUAAAUCUGGUGACGUCGGUGUUGGGCCACAUGUUGCACCAUUUCACGUGGUCCCCGCCUUCGGGGGUGAGGCCCGAAGAUAUGGAGAUGAUGGAGCAACCCGGGACGGUUACUUAUAUGAGCAAGCCUCUCGAGGCUAUUCCCACACCCAGGCUCCCUGCGGAGCUCUACAAGCGUGUGGCCGCUGGAAAUGUCUGAGUCUGUCGCAUAUUGCUUGCUUGUUUUACGUUUUGAUUUUAUCGUUAUAAAGCAUGUACCUCUUCAAACAAUUAAUUGAACUUCAAAUUUACGCGAGUGGAUAUAUUGUACUA